AUUUUGAGAUGAUGUCCCUGUUGAGAAAGCCUAUGAAGAUGCUGAAAUCAACGAACAUGGUUACAUUUCUGUCUGUUCCUCCCUCCGUCUCCUCUAUUUCACCAUGGCAGCUGUCAACCGACGGGACAUUAGCAAAGCGGGGUAUCAAGCUGCGCUCACAGAGUUAAAACGUCAUUGAUAUGAAAGAGGAGAGUGUCUGUUUACUGUCUCUGUCGAGACAUGUAACACCGUGAGUUUUUUCCAGUCUGAAAUCUUCCAGCAUCUCUCACAACCCAACGUCUCCUUGAGUGACUGAGAUAAUUCACUCCUGUAACGUUACCGGAGAGAAAGGAGGCAGAUCCGUUUUCCAAUGGCUUCUGUGAGCCUUGUUUCCAGUCCCCCAGCCCCUGUUCUUGACAAAAACAUGACAGACUCUGAGCUUGCAGGGGAUGAAAGAGAGGAUGGUGAACUGGAAGAUGGAGAAAUAGAUGAUGAAGGGAUCGGAAUUGAGGAGGAAAACAAAGAGGCAACAGAGGUGAAUGAAGACAAAGAGAAAGAGAAGGAAAAAGAAAAAGCUAAAGAGAAAGAAGAGAAGACUCACAGGCACUCCAGGAAAAGAUACAAAAAGACCAGAGAAAAGAGGAGGUCUAAAAGAAGGAGGCGUGACAGACAAAAACACCACUCCCCCUCCAGCAGUUCCAGCUCUGACAGCUAUGACUCUGACUAUGACCGACCUGAACGACCCAAAAACCGGAAGAGUCAGGGAUUUGAUGGCUCGUCCUCACAGCACGGACGGGAUUCAAAGGGAGGUCACGGCAACUCCCAGAAGUCCCCGCCGCACAAGAGCAGUGAUUUUGACAAAUACAGCGACUACAGUGAUGACAAGUAUGACUACGAUGAAGAGGAGGAUGAUUACGAAGAUGACGAGUAUCCGUCAAAAGAUCCCCAGAGUCAGGGCAAGGGACGCCAUGCUAAAGAGCAGAUGAAGAGAGGAAGCAUGAGGGGGAUGAAACAACAGCAGUUUGGGCAGAGAGGAAGGGGCAGAGGGAGCGGACCAGGAAGAGGACGUGGGAUGCUCAACAAGAACAAGAAACUAAAGGGCAAACCCUGGGGAGGACGUGGACGUGGUAGAGGAGGAGACCAGGGCAUGGACGACAUGGUGCCUGAAGGAAAAAAUUCCUCUGGUUAUCAGAAGAAACGGCCAAUUAUGAGCAAAGAGUUUAUCAAUCAGCACACAGUCGAACACAAUGGCCGAUACAUCUGCAAGUAUUUCCUGGAGGGUCGAUGCAUCAAGGGGGAACAGUGCAAGUUUGAACAUGAGCUCGUCGUACCAGAUAAGAAAAAGGAACUUUGCAAAUUUUAUCUCCAAGGAUACUGCAGCAAAGGAGAUAAUUGCAUUUACAUGCACAAUGAAUACCCGUGCAAGUUCUUUCAUACCGGAGCCAAAUGUUAUCAAGGGGAUAACUGCAAAUUCUCCCAUGAGGCUUUGAACGAUGUCACCAAGGAGUUGCUUGAUAAGAUAAUUAACACCGAGGAGGAGAACGCCCGUGAGGACGAGUUGGAGUUGGAGGAUCUGAGAAAGCAGGGUAUUGCCCCACUUCCGAAGCCUCCUCCUGGGGUGGGUUUGCUGCCCACACCUGGUCAGAGCAGCCCUACAGACUCAAGCCAAGCAGGGAAGAAGAUCCCCUCCCUGUUCGAAAUCAAGGUCCAACCAACUGUAGACUUGGCACAGAAAAUUGCUCUGAGUGGAUCCAGCUACUCCCAGAAUCAAGGUGAAGACACCGGUCAGUUUAGUGGAGGCUCAGAGGACCCACAGAGUGCAGGCAUGGUGCCUUCAGGCCCUUCUGCUCCUCCUGUUCCUCCCCCUGGAUCACCUCCUGUGGGUCACCCCACAGGACCACCAAUGCCACAAAGUCCCCCAGGACAGCACCCACCAUCAGGAUUUCCAAUGCAGCCAUCGAUCCCCCCUGGUCAACCCCCACCCUUCCAUGGAAACCGACCCAAUCUCAACCCUCAGAUGAACAUGCAGAGACCUCCGUUCCCUCCUAUGCCAGAUCUACAGAUGCUGCAAAGUCUCUUUCCUUUUCCAUCAUUGGGUCAGAACCCAGUAGAGUUCUUCAGCAACCUCCUUCGAAAUCAGACCAUGGGUCAACAAGUAGACCCCAGCGUAGCCUUCAUGCAGAACCUGCAGCAGAUGGGUGCAGAGUCCCAGUUGCAGUCUUUACCACCAGCAGUGCAGAAGGCCAUCUUUUUACACCUGACGCAGCAACAACAAGAGUCACACCCGCAGGGGACUGAGCCACAGAGAGCAGAGGGCCAGGAUGAUAAUGCAAACAGAGAUGAAACUACAAACUGGUACUCAAGUGAUGAGGAGGACGGAAGCUGUGUUUCCUCCAUCCUCAAAACUCUCAAGAAGCAAAAUGAGAUGCAGCAGUCUCAGUCCAAGCCCCCCCAGGCUGCCCCAGUGGCUCCAGCGCUGGGUGACCCUCGACUUUUGAAGGAGAGGGCGCCACCCACUGAUCCCCGUGUGAAAACAGACCCUCGACAGCGACCCACAGAGAUGAAAAAGGAGUCAGAUGGAGGCGCCGACCCACGGUUCUCCAGAGACCCUAGGAAGAUGAGACCCAUGGAGCAGAGUUCAUACCGCCAGCAGAGCCACCCUGUUCCUCAGAAGCCUCCUGCAGGAGACGAGGAUGAUGAGGGAGAGAGGGAGCUCAGGGAUAAAGCAGUUCUCAUCCCUCUAGACGCCAGCCCUGGUGCGGGGCUGCGUGACCCUCGUUGCCAGUUAAAGCAGUUCAGCCACAUCCGGGUGGACAUCCUGCUUCAGCGCCCAGCCUUCGCUCAGACAGUUGUGUGGGCCCCUGAGGACCUCAUCCCUUCCCUGGUGCCCAAACAGGAACACUCCAUCAACCUGCCCCUUCCACCUCUAAUUGCAGAUGCUCAGAUGAACCGAACAAGCCUGUCUGACCAUCCUCCCGUCUCUAGCCCCCCACCGACUGACCCUAGACUGGUCGCUGCACGUUUGAAGGACCGUAUGAGUAGAUUACCCUCUGGAUCUCUAGAGUCAAGAUCCUCCACGGACAGACCUGUAGAUCCACGUCAGCAGAAGACUCUGGACCCCAGACUCAAGCGUACAGUAAGUCUGGACUCCAAGCUGCUCGGUCAGAAAGUGCCCUCCUCUGGAGGAGGAGUUGUGGAUCCCAGGUUACAGAAGGCCAGUGCUAGCUCCUCUCCUCAUACUGUCCAAGUGAAGUUAGAGCCUGAGAGGCUGCCACCAUAUGCCCCCCGUCUGGCGUCCUCUGGUGGAGGGCUGGAGAGUCCCACUACAAUCCUUGGGGGCAUCAGUCUGUACGAUCCUCGUAAUCAAACUGAGCAGGCUCAGAAGGAGCCACCAGAGCCUCCUAAAAAGACGGGAAUACUCAAACUCCCAGCUAAGAAAGACAACACUCCGCCGCUCUCACCAACCCAACGCAGUGGCUCUUUCGAAGAGACCAAAAGCACAGACGUCGCCUCAGAUCAGCCUCCACCUUCCAGUUCUCCCACAGUGCCUCCUGCCUCACCAGUCAAACCCCCCGCAGUUCAUAACCUCCCCAUCCAGGCACUGGCCGGACUGAUCCGACCCCAGUACACUGACCCCAGGCAGGCAAAACUUGGAGGACAGGGCUCCACGGGAGCACAAGAAGAGGCGGAGGAAAAGAAGCAAGAGGAAAAGAAGGAGCAGGAGGAGGAUGUGGAGGAAAAAGCAAAACAGGACGACCCAGAGGAGGAGGCAGAUGACAGGACGCUGAAAGAUGUUUUCAAGACUUUUGAUCCCACUGCUUCUCCUUUCUGUCAGUAAAUAUAGAGUGGAAAUAUAUAAAGUUGCAAAAGAUUUGUAUUUUGAUGAGACGUGUCUAUUAAUCUUUAUUUAGCUUUACUAUUUAUUUCUGUAUAUAAAUGAUCCUGUAUAUAAUCACAUACUAUCUAGUGCGCUACACAUUAUCAGUAUGGAGAUGAUGCUAGAUAUGUGCACAGACACAGUGUAUAGUUACUUAUAACAUAAUCAUAUUAAUGCUGAAAUGUGUGUUUUGAAAGUGUGAAUGUUAUGGUCUUUUAUCAUUGUGUAUUUUUCAUGUAGGUUUUAACAAUCAGAAAAAUAAUUAUGUUAACUUGUAUAUAAUUUUCACUAAGUAUUUACCCGCAUGGGUUAAUUCCAGGCAUUACACCCUGUAGAAAAGAUCACUCACUCAUAUAACAAGCAGAGGGAGAUAAUACUAAAUAAUCGACCGAAAAAAGAAUUGUUCCCUUGAGAAUUUUUGUAUUUUCAUAUUUAUUUUUUAUUUCAAGACACUUUUAUAUUCAGAGUUCUUUCUGUUUAUGCUCACUUUUAUGAAAAGGGAUUUUUAACAAUAGGUCAAGAUGUUUUCUUGAAUAUUUACUUUUAAAUUUUUUUUAUUACACACCCUGAUAUGAGUUUGCAAUUUGUUUUUUCUCAUGAUCACGUCAGAUAAUCAAAACAGAAAUAUAAUUAUCUACAAAAUGAGACAGAUCCCUGCUUAGAUGAGAAUACAUUUUGCAACGUUGCAUCCGUUAAGUUUGUGUUUUGUUUAUUGUUGGACCUUUUUUGGAUUUUAAGUGGCCUAAAUGCUUUUAGGAUGUGAAGUUACUGUUGUAAGCUUUUCUAUUUAUCUUAGCAGUAGCCAGUGAUGGCAGUAUCAGCAACUAGAAACAGGCCAGUUUAUUUGGUUCAAUUCUGGGGCGCUGUAUAUCCCGAAUUUUAGCUGAAUCGGGCAACCGGACGUGGGCUGUCUUAUUUCUUCUGGUGUGCAGAGUUCGGGCUGGUCAUUUUGGCUUCCAAAAUGACCAGCUUCUUGAGAGCCCGACCAGUUAAUUUAAUAAGUAAUAUUGAUUAAUGUAAUGGAAUACUUCACCCUAAAAAAAUCGAUUUGUAUAUCAAUUAUUCACCCUAUAUUAUGCCGAAUUUGUAAAGAAAACUGUGUUUUUCUUGCAUGCCUCCAAGGAAAAUGGAAAAAAAUAUUGAUAUAUGGAUGAAUGGGGACCAUGUUUAAUGGCAGCAAAAUUAUCAAACCAGCAGUUUGCAAACUCUUGUACUGUUUUAUUUAAGUUUCAUUUAACUGGCUGUAUGCUUAGUAUUUCCCAAACAGAAGAUUUUUUUUCUGAAAUAUUACUAUUUAAAAUUGACCUUAAAGUGAAACUCAUGUAUGUUCCCCUCAAAGCCAGACUCCAAUAUGAAGAUUUCUGUGAGAUGGCGGUCUUUAAUUAAUCAAUAUGUUUGUCGGUCGAGGAGUGGAAUUUUCUUCACAAAUUCAAGUUAACUUAAUUACAAAUGAUCAUUUUGUGGGUGAACAUUUCCUUUAAUUUGAUUCAUCAUUUUAAUUCCUCAAAACCUUCACUGAUGACAAUCUUGUAAAUAGCAGGGAAAUUGUUUUUCACUUGUUUUCAUCAGAAUAAGAAAGAGCGGUGGACUAUACAAAGAGAUAAAUAUCUUGGUUAGAUUGCAUUGAUACAUAUAUAAAUAUGACAUUUCUGACUAUGUGUCAUGUUAUGUUUUGUUGGAGUUGAUUUUAACUCAUUUGGGUUAUGUGUUCUACAAAGGGUGAAUGUUUUGGGUUUAAGGUGGUAUUAUGCUCAGUGCUGUGUCUGUGAAGGUGAGCUGUGUUGGGGUAAAACUAAGCUAUAUCUUUCUUUUUUUUUAUCAUUUUCAUAAUUGACAUUGUAAAUGCCUAUUUUGUAUCACCUGUACAGUCUGUUUUUGAGUGUUUUAAGGAAUAAUGCUUUGUUUUAUUCCUCUCAGUUUGGUGGUUAUGGUUGUAAUAAUACUGUAUGACAUUUUAACAGCACAUAUGCCUGUCACAUUUCAGUGAUUUUACUAUGAAUAUCUGAAAUAAAGAUAAAACAUGAUAU